UGGUCGUCAGCGGCCAGCAGGUGGGGGAGAACUGGGUUGGUUACUCGUGGUCGAGAAAAAUGGAAAAGUACGCCCUCUGCCUCUCGACAGAGCGGAAGGAUAACACCUCCAUCCUACCAGCAAUGGACAUUCACUACCACGCAGCUGUAAUACCGGCGUACAGGUACUUCAAGCGUAUGGUCCUCGAAAAGGCGUUCCCACGCCCGGAGUUCCGUAUCGACUGGAUCAGUGACCUCAGCUCCACCCAACUCUUCUUCUACAACUGGGCCUUGUUGCACUGUGGCACUGAUUUUGGCAAAGAACUCAUUGACAUUGCCGCGAGGAACAGCUGGUACUUCCGUGACUCUUUCAACUGCGAACCAGGCACCCCGAUGUACAAGGCGAAGAAUCCUUGCGACCUAUGGAACACCACGAGGCGGGAGUACUGAGUUGCAC